UAGACUGCAUAACUUAUCUGCGCUGUUCAGUUUUACGAAUUUCUUCCCCAACCACUCCUGUCCCCGCCCACCACCACCGCCUCGUCUCACAGGAGUCGAGCAGGACGCUGAAGACGACGACGAAGCCAUCUGCCACGCAGGAGCAGCUUCGUUUGUAUCCAGGUAAGCCAUCUUUCUGCUAGCAACCCGAGACAGGGGUGUUGGGCUGACCUUGGCUGACCGACUUUGUCAGAUUGCUUGCAAUCCAUCCGAUACCGUCGUGCCAUCCUUGACCGGCUUAAGUAUUCACGUCGGUGACCCAGCGUAUCUUCCUACACUCCUCCAGAGGUCUCUUCUGUCCGCGAGGCACAUUGACUUGGGCCAACCAGCUUUGACCUGCGGCAUUUCUGGCUUGGUUUCACGACGCGUCGUUGUUCGCGCAAUCUAUUCUCAUAUCAUUAUUACUUCUUCUUUGAACCUGUACAUCUCUGGUGAAGCUGUCCUCGACAUCACCUUCAACUGGUGAGCAUAUUUAUUUCACAUCGAGUGGCUCAAUCAUUUUGGGCCACUCCCGGGCGGUCAAUUUACUGACACCUUUGGCUUCGCCAUCUUCAUAGGACCGUCUCUCCGUCUCCUUGAUUCUCUAUCUCUAUUUCUAUCUCUAUGACUUCUGCGGUCUGCGCCCCUCCACCUUAUUUUACGCCCUAUAUGGAUCGUAUCUACACUCGGGAUUCCAACAGUGCAGGAGCACCACUACCCCGAAUUCCUCGCAGAGCGCCACCUUCGUCGCGUCUUCAUUCUGCUGUUGGCUCUCCAUCGAAUACCAUGGCUGCGACGGCGCUUCAGAACCUCUUCAUCACCCCUUCACAGACUACUUUUGUAAUCCAACCGCCCACACCACCCAGUGCUUCUCUGGAGUCCAUGCCUUCUGAGAGCAAGAGCCAUACACAAGACGAGCCCGCUUCAAGCUCUUCCUGCUCUGAGUCAUCAUAUGUGCAGAUGUCAGAUUCGAAGUCGCGACGUGUUCGCGCAAUCCCCAAGCACAUUGGCGGUGUAUGCCCUCCCGAACAGUCAACACCCACUCCUGCUUUAUUCAAAGCAAACGCAAAGUUGGACGACACGCGUCUCGCCUGGCCUUCUCGCGAGGAUUCAGGCGAAGUUGAGUCUGAAACGGCUAGGGAAGAUGACACUCCUCGUGCCUCUUCUUCACAGAAGCCGGCCUCUUUCAAGAAGACCAGCAAUUUACGGCUGGACUUAUCUGAGUUACACACACCCAGUGCCGGUCCGUCAUCGGAGAGUCUCGCAGCCGCCACCUCUCCACCGUCUCGUGCCGAAUCAGUCACUGUCGGUCAGCUGGCUCGCAAGAAGUCUGGCGAACCACUCAAGUCGUCGCUCAAAUCUCGGCGGCCUGUGGUUCGCGGCGACUUGUCAGUAGUUACGGCAGCCCUUACCAGUAAGAGCGAGCCCAAUACGCCCACCCACAUCAAGAGCGUUCAUUUUGACGCCAAGCUAGAGCAUGUCAAGUUGUUCCUGGCUGAGCAAAAGCCAUUGGCAAUUUCUCGGGAGGGCAGUCCUACGGAUGAUACAAGUGGAACCGAUAGCGACUUCCCAUCUUUCAUUUAUGGUGGCAUGUCUGAUGAAGAAAGGAUACGAAAGUCGCUGGCUAUCGAUGUCACUAAUCUUCCUCCUCGGAUAUUCGAAGAAAACGACGUUGCCCUCGAGUCACUUACCCUCGCCGUAGAUGGCGGUAGCGUUAACGGCCGAAUCCGCGUUCGUAACAUCGCGUUCGAGAAGUGGAUUGCUGUCCGCUUUACGUUCGAUUGGUGGCAAACUACAAGUGAGGUUACUGCCAAGUAUAUCGAGUCUCUUCCUGGCGGCAUCUUCGACAGAUUUGGAUUCUCCAUUCGGUUGAACGACAUGCUAAAACGGAUCGAGGAGAAGACGCUGUUCCUCGCUGUUCGCUAUUCCGUUGUAGGACGCGAGAUCUGGGACAGCAACAAUGGACAGAACUACGAGGUGAAGUUCAGGAGACAGAAGCUUGUACUUGCUCCUUCGCCCCAGUUAGUUGCUCAGCGCCCAUCGAACGAGAAUGAUUCAGCCACGGGGAAAACCACGGAGCUCAGGGAUUUGAAGACGAGGUUGGAGCAGGUUGUGGUUCAAAAAGAGAGGAGAAUGUUGUCCCGCAGGACGGCGAGCGAGUCUGAUAACUUCACGCUGAAGUCCGGACUUCCGCUGUCCUCGCGGUAUGACUUCUCUGCAUCCCUCAAGAGCCCCUGGAAAGGUGGCUCGCCGUUUUCGGAUGAUCGCUCCAAGGCAAACACAUACACUCAUAUGCCUCGUCGGUCAUCUGCCAACCAGAAAACCCUCGAAUCCAAGUUCAAUACUCGUGGUUCACCUCGUAUUGUCGAUAGCCGAGAUAGCAGCCCUGUGCCUUUCUAUGGUGGUUCAGACUUGGAGGACACACCAGUCCCUCAGGCGAUCCUUUCGCGUCGGAAUAAUUCUCGGAAUCAUCAACGAGGUUACUUCGACCUCGGUAUGGGAUCAUCCGGUUCCGCAGUGAAGAGAACCCCUCCUGGUACCCCUCGAAUGGAGUCAGUGUUCAGAUACAACUCUUUCCCACCCACAGAUGGUUCCGCAUCUAUGCGUUCCAGUCGUGUUGUCAGCCCUGCCAGGAAUGGUAUGCUCUCCCCAUCGUGGCCUAUUGGGCUCGGUGGGAGUGAGGAGUCAACACCGAGUAUCACGUCGAACGAGGGUAGCUCACAGAACUCGUCGAGGAACACUUCGCCUAUGCCGAGUCCUGUGGAGGGGCCCAUGCAUGCUGAUGAUGGCCCGGUUGAGUCGAAUAACUACAAUGUUUUCCUCAACAGGUUCUGCUUCUACACGGGUUCUGAUUCCAUGCUUGAUGUCCCCAUCGACGCUCUCCACCGCUCUCAUUCGGCGUCGAGUGUUGAAGAGCUCUUGUUUGCUCCUAGUCCUCCUCACUACCUUUCUCCUGCACAUACGCCUACUCGCUCCUCGAGCUUCGACGAUGUAGCAGGCAUGAGCGGUUCAAGUACUCCAACUGGGCACUCCAUCUUCGGUUCACCCUCGCCUGCACCUGUCGCCUUCGUCCAUUGAUUCGUCGAUGGCUGUACACUGGCCCUGACUCGCUCUUGCACUGCCGUCCGUCAUUUGCACCACCUGUUAGAGAUCCUCCAUGCGCAAAGAAGAUUAAAGAGACAGAUCUCCUCCCCGAUACCUACCAGCACGAGGCCCAAAUACCUUGUGCACACAAGCAACAUUAUCAUGAUAACGACCACAUCAACGCUAUUGUACAUAUUAAAAAGCAACCCUCAUCGGAGAGGAGUUACCCAUUUGCACGAGGUUCGGUUCGGUUUCACAUAGUCACGACAUCACCAUUGCUUCUUUUCUCUUUGCUUCCUACUCGCCUCUGUUUCUCUUUUCGUUUUAUGUUUAUUCAGGCUCGGACAAUCCUCCUCUCAUCAUAUCUCUUUUCUCCUACCCAUUUGACAGAUAUACGUGAACCAGAGCUCACGACGCUUUGUUUUCACAUUACACAUCUUUGGCUUGGUUUAUCUUUACGUCUAUCUCAUUUUCUGUUCCUCAUCCACUACGUACACCUUGGACUGCCGAGUCGGUUCCGCCGCAUCUUGAGUUUCAGGCGUUAGGCCUUUGACUCUUGUACAGUAGUCUCACUCUACAUACAUUUUGCUUAGUAGCAUAGCUCAUAUGCAGGAUUCCCUUUCCGAAUCGAUUAGAGAUGCAAUGUCAUGAUUCUUUCCUCAGUUGUCUGCUGUUGUGCGAACUGCUUGAAUAGGAUUACAA